CUACCGCUUCUGCCCGCACUCGUUUCCGGUGGAUCCGCUGGAGGCGGAGGGCCACCUGGUGGUAUACCAACAAGUUCAGGUGUUGUAAACGGCAAUCCAGUGGAUGCGUUGAUGUGGAUGUGGCGAACGGUUUGUUCGGUAUGUCAAAAGGUGUGCGCCUCACCACACGAUCUUGAACAACACCUGAAAAUGCAUUUGAAUGGUACCGUUACGUCGUCACCCAGCGGCAAUAACACCAAUAACGCAUCACCAGCUAUGAUCUUACAAAAAUCUGAUUGA